AUGUCGAAACGCGCAAGCGCGACACCGUCGGACGGCGAAACAUCGUCGAAUAAUGGCAAUGAUGAGGUGAAACGGUACAAAAUCGCGUUCGAAACCGUCCGAUUACCGGCGGUCAGCAAUGUGAAUGACAUCAAAAAUCGAACAGCGGUCUAUCAAGCGGCCAAAUUGUCGCAACAAUUGAAAUAUGAGCAAGGGAAAUAUAAAGAUUUGAUGCGAGAAAAUGAGCGGCUUCGUCGAAGGCAGGAAACCGAUGAGAAAUGUUUUUAUUUAAUACAUCGCCAAUUUAUGGAGAUGCAAUAUCAUAUUCGAAGCGCGUUUCGUGGCGAGACCGACGUCGAAAGCAAUCGCGAAAACGAAGAAGCUAUCAAUUUUCCAAGCCUUCAGGAAAUUAUACAACUUCCACCGGGUGAAGCUGAAGCGAAAUAUGAAAAAACUUUCAAAAAAUGUUUUAACCAACUCGCCGAGGUCAUCCGAGCUCGUCAGCGGCGAUCUGAGCGGUAUCGCAAUCUGAUGCAGCAGAUGUCAAAUUCGGAAGACUCGAAAUUUGUCAAAGAUUGCCCGAUUUUUCGCGAUAUGUCGAUUCAAGCGCAACGACACUGCGAUGAGAACGUUCGAUUGACUCAGGAGAACGCGCGGCUCCAACAGGAGGCUUCUGAGGCUCGAAUGAAGGCUGCCAAAAAAGAGGAUGAGAAUGAGCUUUUGACAGCGAAAAACGAGGAGCUGAAGAAGGCGAUCAGCGAAUUGGAAUUCACCGCCGACAAAUACCGAAGGCAGGCGAAUAAGCUGGAAAAUCGAAUGGGAAGCUUGAUGCAGGAGCUCAAAUCCACCGAAAAUAUAGUUGCCGCGGCGCCGACGACGAGCAACAAUCAGCAGCCGGUGUUCCAGAAUUCGCCGUCGCCGAUUUCCGGCGAUACCGUCAAAGAAAUCGAGGCGAUUCGAUCGGAACGCGAUGAGCAAAUUGAUGUUGCCAAUAAACGGCUUCACGAGAUUAAUGAGCUUAGUCAGGAGGUGCAAAGGCUUCUCGGCGAGGUGGCCACACUUCAAGCGACGACAUCUCAUUUACCUACAGACAAAAUAGUGAAUAGUGAAGAAUAUAAGCAAGUCGAGCAGUAUUUCAAUUUGGCGAUGAAGGAAUGCGAGCGACUGGCAAAAGAUUUGGAAGACGUGACGGUGGAACGCGAUCGCCUUCGCGAUUCAUGGAGCAAACGGGUCGAAUCGAUACACGCCGAGCACGAGGCGAACCUGUUGAAGAUGAGCAAGACGAACGAGGAUCUCAACGACGAGCUGAGUCGGCUCAAACAGGACUACGAUGUGCUUCACACCGAGUUUGAAAGCUCGACGGCGGCGGUGCAGAAUAUGGAUGACUCGAAAAAUACGGAUAUUAAGACGAUAUGUGGAGCGAUGAAGGUCCAGAAUCAUGUUCUUCGGCAAGACGUCGCAAAAUAUAAGAAGAAAUGGAAGGAUGCUGUUAAUAUGGUCGCCAAGACACAACGAGAGCUGGACGUGCUCCAGAAAAAGAUUGAUAAUAGCGUUGUGGUGUCGUUGGACGAUGCUGAAAGCACCACACAAUCUUCAACAUCGGAAACGAAUGGAUUGACGAAUGGAUCGGUGGAUGAGCUGCGAAAAUUGCGGCAUGAGAAUGAGACGCUGAAAAGUGAGAUCAAGGUGCUUGGGAAGGCGGAUCGAGCUGAACGAGUUCGAUAUUUUGAGAAAGAACUUCAAACUCGCAUUGGACAUGCGCUUGAAGAGGUCGAGCGGCUGAAAAAAGAGAAAGAAACAACGGAAAUGAUGGAGAAGGCGUUGAGCGACGAGCUCGAGAAUAUUGGAAGUGCCGUCGAGGAGCUUCAAGAGCAGAAUUGUCAACUGCUCGCCAAAGUCAACGAUCUCCAUGAUGCGAAGAUCAAGUUGUUGAAUGAGAAAAUUGUGACGUCGGCGAUGUCGGCGAAAUUUCAAGAUCGCACGACGGCGCAAGAUGUUCAUAAUAAGACGAUGCAGCAGCAGGUGCGAGUCAACGAGUUUGAGCUUCAGACGUUGCGAUUGGCGACGCAGAAGAGCAAUGAGAUCAUUGAUCACAAGACGGCCGAGAACGCGCAAUUGACGGUUCAGCUUGAGAAGAAUCGAAAGACGAUCAUUGAAUUGGGAAACGCGCGAGAUAGUUUCAAGGCGCGACUCGAAAAAGCUGAAGCGCAAUAUAAAACGACGCAAGAGCUACUGCAAAAGAAGGCAAGUCAGGUCGAAUCGUGUGCGAACAAACUUCGACGCGUCGAAGAGGAGUUGUCGUCGCUUCGGAAGAAGUACGAGCGACUCCAGAAGUCGGAGAAGUACGGCAGCACCGACGCGGUGCUCUACGAGGAGCUCAAACAGAUCAAAGAGUCGCAAAAGUGUCCGUCGUGCAAGGUGAACCCGAAGGACACGAUUCUGCUCAAAUGUUUUCAUCUAUUUUGCGAGACGUGCAUCAAAUUGAGGUACGACACUCGACAAAGAAAAUGCCCAAAGUGCAAUUGCGGCUUCGGCGCCAACGAUUUUCAUCGUGCCUAUUGCUAA